AUGGCCGACUAUACACCGCCGUCAGACCACCUAGAUCGGGUUGGCUAUCUAUUUGGACAUCCCAUUGCCCACUCCAUGUCCCCAUUACUACAUCAGACCGUGUAUGAUGGUAUUGGGUUGAAAUGGUCACAAUUGCUGUUGGAUUCUACCAAUAUGGACCAUUUCCUGGAACUCAUCAAAGAUCCAAAGUUCUACGGCGCGGCUGUCACAAUGCCGCAUAAAGUAGCAAUAGUGAAGCACUGCGAUGAGCUCACCGAAGAAGGGCGAGAGGUCGGCGCUUGUAAUACCCUUUUCCUCCGGGAACGAGACGGGAAGAGGAUAUAUGUCGGGACCAACACAGAUGUCAUGGGCAUCAAGCUGGCCUUCUACGAGAACGUUAGCGAUCCGGACAACGUAUUCCACAACCGGCCCGGUAUGGUCAUUGGAGGUGGAGGUGCCGCCCGGAGUGCCGUCUAUGCCAUGCGCAAGUGGUUCAAGGCCGACCCGAUAUAUCUGGUUAAUCGCGAGAAGGCAGAGGUCGAGGCCGUGAUUUCAGAAUGCACGGCGCGUGGAUUUGGUGACGGUCUCAUCUACGUAUCGACUGUUGAGCAGGCGGAAAAGCUGGAAGGUCCUGGAUCCAUCGUCGCCUGUGUACCGGAUGUCCCACCGAGAACGGACCACGAGAAGCAAACUAGAGCUAUCGUAGAGUGUAUGCUGGGGAAACCGCACAAGGGCGCGAUACUGGAGAUGUGCUAUCAUCCAUCGCCGUAUACGCAGAUUGGGAAGCUUUCGGAGAAAGCGGGCUGGCAGGUCAUCCUGGGAACGGAAGCCAUGAUCUGGCAAGGCCUUGAACAGGAUAAAUACUGGACGGGAAAGGACAUUCACCAGCUUCCGGUGAAAAGCGUUCAGGCGGCCAUAGCAGCCAAGCUAUCGGAGCACAAGCUGUAA